AUGAGGCUUGAUCCAGUGCAUUUCUCCAUGCUGGUCAUCGGGGUCUCCUUCGCCUGUUACGCCCCGAGUCUCAACUCCCUCCAGGACCAGGCGUACCAAUCAGCCGUGGUCAUCGAGGGCGAGGUGCGCUCCUCCCCGGAGAACGUCUCCUCCCGGGAGCCCUACAGUGUGAAUGUCAAAGUGCUGGACGUGUGGCCCGUCAACAGCGGCGGCCUCGAGAGGGAGCAGCUCGUGACCGUCGGGGACUUCGGUUCCGAGGCCCCGUGCACCACGGUGGAGAAGGACCACAGAUAUAUCUUUUUCAUGGACCCCACCGCCGAGCCCUUGGUAUUCAAGGCAUCGUACGCCCCGGUGGACGCCAGCGAGCCGGACCUCAAGAAGGAUGUGGACCGAGUGUUGUGCGAGGACUGCGCCUCCGCUCCUAAGCUCCGGCUGAUGCGAGGCCAGUCUCUGGUGGAAGGGGACAAGCUGAACCUGAAGUGCGAGGCGUCGGGGAACCCCAGCCCGUCGUUCCGCUGGUUCAAAGAUGGACACGAGCUGCAGAAAGGCCGAGACCUCAAAAUAAAGACCAACAAAAAAAACUCAAAGGUGCAGAUCAGUCGUGUCCGUGCAGAAGACUCUGGGAACUACACGUGUGUGGCGGAAAACUCACUGGGGCAAGAAAACGUCACGAGUAUCAUCAGCGUGCAGAUCUUGACCACCACCACCCCGUCUCCAGGUGUGAGCCACGGGCGGCGCUGCAACGACUCGGAGAAGGCCCACUGCGUCAACGGGGGAGACUGUUACUUCAUACAUGGUAUUAACCAGCUGUCCUGCAAGUGUCCCAAUGACUAUACGGGGGACCGCUGUCAAAACUCCGUCAUGGCAGAUUUCUACAAGCUUCUCAGAAUUGAAUUUAUGGAGGCCGAGGAGCUCUAUCAGAGGCGGGUGCUGACGAUCACAGGCAUCUGCGUGGCGCUGCUGGUGGUCGGCAUCGUGUGCGUGGUGGCCUACUGCAAAAUCAAGAAGCAGAGGAAGAAGAUGCACAGUCAGCUGCACGAGAACCAGAAUCAGUGUGUGGAGCAGCCCAACUGCAUGCUGGCCAACGGGCCCAAACACCCCGGGCCCGGCCCGGAGGAGAUCCCCAUGGUUGAUUACAUCUCCAAGAGCGUCCCAACGACGGAGUGCGUGAUCAGCCACGGCGCUGAAGGUGCGGGGAACUACGCCGGCAGCCGAAUGUCCACCCGCUCCCACCACUCCACCACGGCCUCGCAUGCUUCCAGACACGAGGAGCGGACGUGGAGCAUGGAGCGAACAGAGAGCAUGAACUCAGACUGCCAGUCAGGCGGGUUGUCCAGCUCCGUGGGAACCAGUAAGUGCAGCAGCCCGGCGUGCAUGGCGAGGAGGGCCGCCCACUGGGACACGUCCGGACCGGGAAUGCAGUACGGGGACUCCUACGACUCUCUGAGAGACUCGCCUCACAGUGACAGGUACGUGUCGGCGCUGACCACGCCAGCGCGGCUGUCUCCGGUGGAGUUCCACUACCCCCCGCUGCCGCCGCAGGUGCCCGCCUUCCAUAUCACCUCGCCCAACAUAAGCCACGCCCUCUCCCUGCCCCCCGCCGCCGCCGCCGCCGCCUACCAUCGAGAGGACGACGAGCCGCUGCUCCGAUGCCCCGAUGAUGGGAGUCUAUACAGGCAGCCCCGGCGUCCGCGGCGACCCUACCUGACGGAGAGCACGGGAAGUCUCCCGUCCAGCCCCUACCGUCUCCCCGACGACGAGGCCUACGAGACCACGCAGGAGUACGCCUCUUCGCGGGAACCCAUCCGGAGCCGGCGCCGCCCGCGACGCAACCGCCUCAACGGACACGCGUCCCAGCGCUCGACGGGCCAACGGGACUACAGCUCGCAGAGCUUCAGCCAGUCGGAGGAGGAGGAGGAGGAAGAGGAGGAGGAAGAGGACGCUCACGGGGAGAGCACGCCUUUCCUUAGUGUGCAGAACAUGAACAUGGACCCGCCCCCGCCGGUCGUCCCGGGUUACCGCGCGUCGUCCGGCGCGGACACACGGACUCACCGCGGGCUGAGUCGGCCGGGGACGCGCAGCAACGGGCAGCAGGGCCGCGGCUCCCAGUCGCAGCGCUCCAAGGCCAACAACAUGCCCCUUUAAGACUUGUCCCCCCCCCAACACCACCCACCCCUCCGCCCUCACACACUCCCCUUCCUCCUACUGUACACACAACCAGUGGACUAGAGACCUGCACCUAGGAGAAAAUAUUUUUAUUUUGUAUAACAUAUUCUAAACAAAUGAAAUAUUUAUUUUCAUUUCAGCAAAAAUUGUCUACUAGCUAACAGCAAAGACUUUUUUUAUAACGAGGGCGGGGCGGGGAAUAUUUAUAUGUAAAGUUUUUUGAUUUACAGCAUUACGAGAGAUGAAAAAAUAAGAGAAUUACGUGCCAAUUUUUUCACAAGUUAGAUAAAUAGAAUAAUAUUGUGGUGCCUUUUGCUGUAUGCUGAAGUCGGAGGUCCCAUUGAGUUUUUGUAGCCUUUCUUAUAAAGACUCCUCGUUUUUUAUAGAGACCAACCCUCCUCCUUCCUUUUGCUUUGUUUUUUUCUUUCAUUUGGGAUCUUCCUCUUUUUUGAACUGUGAUCUGAUUACGUCAUCAUGCAAUAUUGAUUCCUCCUGUGUAAAAGGUGUCUGUUUACAUGAGUAUGAUCCACGCGACGCGCUCGAUUUCACAGGGACAUUUAGUCACUGACGCAACCGGAAGUGUAGGGUAGUUUUUUUUUCCUCGGAUGAAUCGCAUCGGCCAUUCACGUCGUCGUUCGCUGCCUGUCGGUCAUUUGUCGUUAUUCCUGUGAAAAAAACAAGAGUGUUAGGGAGCAGAUUCCUGUGUAGGUGUUUCAGGGUGCUGCCAUGACUUUGGUGGCGGUUGCAGUUUGUGUGUUUGUGUGUUUGUGUGGUUGUGUGUUUGUGUGUGUGUGUGUAUGUACACCCCAUAAAGUCUCAUUUUUGGUUACACCGCCUCCGUUCACCUUGAAAAGUGUGGUCUCUUGUUUGACUGACAUGCUCCUCUCACGCUGCCAGAAGCUGACCCUCCGUGAGCAGCCGCUGGCCCCCGGGUGGAGCCGCCGAUCCAAACCCAAACCCGACCGAUCCAGUUGUAAUCCAGCCCGACUCCGGCCUCCCGUGGACUGCCCAGCCCGCCCGUUUCCUA